AUGUGCUUCAUAGGAAGAAACGGGGCAUCUGCAAGCUGGAUCUGGAGGAGGAUGCUGCGGCAAAUGAUACACAGAGGGCUCAAAGCUUCUUUCUACUGGCUGGGCUUAUUUGUUAGUAGGCAUCCGGUUUUUUUCCUCACCGUUCCCGCAGUCUUAACCAUCAUUUUCGGAUCUACAGUCCUGAGCAGAUUCAAGCCCGAAACGGACCUCGAGAUACUGGUUGCCCCGACCCACAGCUUUGCUAAAGUAGAGCGGAGUCUUGCGAACAGCCUUUUCCCCAUCGACCAGUCUAAAAACAAGCUGUAUUCCGACCUGCACACCCCCGGCAGAUAUGGCAGACUGAUUCUACUGGCCAAGUCUGGGGGAAAUAUAUUGGAGCUAGCCGAGCAGGUCCUGCAGGUUCACAAGCAGGUGUUGGAUUUGAGUGUUAAUUACAAGGGAUUCAAUUACACUUUCGCUCAUCUCUGUGUCCUGAGCCAUCAGGAUAAGCGAUGCAUCUUGGAUGAUAUAAUUACGAUAUUCGAAGAUAUCCGUUUAGCUAUUCUGUCGAAUUAUACUUUCUCGAAGGUGCCCGUGAGCUAUCCAAAUACAACCUUAAAGGACGGUCGUGUCUCUUUCAUCGGCCACCAGCUGGGUGGAGUGGCCUUCUCGCCCAACAGCCGAGACCAGCAGGUGAAGUUUGCCCGGGCCGUCCAGAUCACCUACUACCUCCGCAAUCAUGGCCCCGUGGUUCAGGACGUCAUCGCAGAGAAGUGGGAGAACGCCUUCUGCGCCCUCAUCACACGCCUGUCCACGCUCAGCGAGGACCUGCACAUCCAGUCUCUCACCUCCUUCAGCCUGUGGAGGGACUUCCACCAGACGGGAGUGCUGGCUAAAGGGGAGGUGUUGGUCAGCAUGGUGCUCCUCCUGCUGGCAGCCACCAUCUCCAGCUCCAUGAGGGACUGCCUGAGGGGGAAGCCCUUCCUGGGUCUACUGGGUGUGCUCACAAUAGCCAUCGCCAACGUGACUGCAGCUGGCAUCUUCUUCAUCUCCGACGGGAAGUUUAACUCCACGCUGCUGGGGAUCCCCUUCUUUUCCAUGGGUCAUGGAACCAAAGGAGUGUUUGAGCUCCUGGCGGGCUGGAGAAGAACUCGAGAGAGCCUUCCCUUCAAGGAGCGCGUGGCAGACGCCUUCGCCGAUGUGAUGGUGUGCUAUACCAUGACCAGUUCCCUCUACAUCAUCACCUUUGGCAUGGGUGCCAGCCCCUUCACCAACAUCGAGUCGGUGAAGAUCUUCUGCCAGAGCAUGUGCGUAGCCGUCCUGGUCAACUACUUCUACGUGUUCUCCUUCUAUGGUUCCUGCUUGGUGUUCGCUGGUCAGCUGGAGCAGAACCGCUACCAUAGUGUGUUCUGCUGUAAGAUCCCCUCAGUGGAGUACCUGGACCGCCAGCCCACCUGGUUCAAGACCAUGAUGAGCGACGGCCAUGACCACGUCACUCACCACGAGGUCUUGCCCUACCACAACCACUUCAUCCAGCACUUCCUGAGGGAGCACUACACAGAGUGGAUCACCAACACCUACGUCAAGCCCUUCGUGGUCAUCCUCUACCUUAUCUACGCCUCCUUCUCCUUCAUGGGAUGUUUACAAAUCAGUGAUGGAUCCAACAUCGUCAACCUUCUAGCCAGCAACACGCCCAGUGUGUCCUACGCCACGACCCAGCAGAAGUACUUCAGUAACUACAGCCCUGUGAUCGGCUUCUACAUCUAUGAGCCCAUCGAGUACUGGAACUCCACGGUGCAGGAGCACCUCACAACGCUGAGCCACGGCUUCAACAAGAUCUCCUGGAUGGAUAACUACUUUCAGUAUCUGAAGGUGGUGAAUGUGAGCGCCUCGACCAAAAGUGAUUUCAUCACCAUCCUGCAGGGCUCCUUCCUGCGCAGCCCGGAGUAUCAGCACUUCAUGGAGGACAUCAUUCUGUCCAAGACAGAUGGAGAUGAAAUGGAGAUCAUCGCGUCCAGGAUGUACCUGGUGGCACGGACCACGGAGAAGACACGGGAGGAGGUGGUGGAACUGCUGGAGAGGCUCCGCCCACUAUCGCUCAUCAACAACAUCAAGUUCAUUGUCUUCAACCCCACCUUCGUCUUCAUGGACCGUUACAGCUCCUCCGUAGUGUCGCCCAUCCUCACCUCGGCUUUCAGUGUGCUCACCAUCCUCAUCCUCACCUUCUUCCUGGUCAUCAACCCUCUGGGGAACUUCUGGUUGAUCCUGACCGUCACCUCCGUAGAGCUGGGGGUCCUGGGCCUCAUGACCCUCUGGAAUGUACACAUGGACAGCAUCUCUAUCCUGUGCCUUAUUUAUACUCUCAACUUUGCCAUGGAUCACUGUGCACCCCACCUGUACACCUUCGUACUGGCCACGGAGCACACCAGGACCCAGUGCAUUAAGAUCUCGCUGGAGGAGCACGGGGCGGCCAUUUUGCAAAACGCCUGCUGUUUCAUCAUCGGGAUGUUGCCCUUGGUGUUUGUGCCUUCCAACCUGACCUACACACUGUUCAAGUGCUCCCUCCUCACCGCAGGCUGCACAGUGCUGCACUGUUUCGUUAUCCUGCCUGUGUUUCUAACCUUUUUCCCCCCGUCCAAAAAAAGGCACAAGAAGAAGAAACGGGCCAAACGGAAAGAGAGAGAGAGGGAGCGGGAGAUGAUGGAGAGGGAGAGAGUGAGGGAAAGGGAGGAGAUAGAGUGCAUUGAAGUCAGGGAGAACCCUGAUCAUGUGACUAACGUCUGAGAGGCCGUGUGUCUGUGAGCGGUGAGCGGCGAACGUUGAGCGUCAGCGGGACGGUCUUCAGUGAUUGGUGGAUGAGGUGUUGGAAGCCUUUCCUAAAGUGAAGGUGGCCAUGCGGUGUAGCACCUCACAGGGCCCAAGGGGUUAGAGCUGACUGGUCCUCAGAGGGAGGAGGGAGAGAUAGGCUAGCAGCCAUGACCCAGCCAGACAGCCAGCAGCCAUGCUGUCCAGAGUAGAGACCAGACCAGACCAGACCUAUAGAUCA